ACUGUAUUGGUGUUGCUGGGGAUGUCAGUGACACCAACUGCAAUGGUUUCUGUUUGUAAUAAAAAGUACUGACACUGUACAAAUGACACUGGGCAGGAAGGGGUUAACAUCUGGGGUGAUCAAAGGGUUAACUGUGUGCUGUUUUACUGUGUUGUCUGUGUGUGCUUUACUGUGUAAGCACAUUGCUUUUUAUUGCUCUGCUAUACAGAACAAUGCAAAGCAGUGUGCUGGAGCUGACAGGGGAGAGAUCUGUAUUGUUUACAUACAGGUCUCUCCCCUAUCAGUGAUACUGGGGCGAACGCCGGGUGUCGGUGGGGAAUCA